UCUCAGAAUCGCGCUCCCGUCUCGUCGCCCAUCCGCACUUGUCAUCCAAAUCCUUUCACUCACUCUCCCUUUACCUUCCUCUCUUUCCUCGCUCAAACCCACCCGGGCCGUCACGCACACUCCCCGAACUCACUUGACGUCAUUCCCUCUCUCGUCACUCACAUUCCCCCGUCACCCCCCUCUUUCUCGUCAUUCACACUCCCCCGUCACCCUCCUCGUUCCCCGCAAUUACCUCCUUCCAUCUUCCAAUUCACCCCCCUUGUUCUCCGCACCUCUUUCCAUCGCCUCAUCUUACCCAUCUCGUUCAACGACACGUAUCUCCUUCCUCUCCCCCCCGCCUUUCCCCACAUCCCCCUUUCACUCCGUUACGUAACACCCUACACCACCCCACUAACCGCCCUCCACUUCCCAACUCACCGCCCUCCUUCCCAGCAAAGUGCCAAGCUCUCACGGUCCACCUUUCCCCCUCUUCAUCUCUCCUUCCUUCCCCAUCUGCAUCUAUCCUGCCGUACCCCUCUACAUCUCUGCACCCUUCCCCCUCUGAUAUUUCCUCCCUUCCCCCGCUGCAUCUCUCCUCCCAUACCCCUCUGCCUCUCUCCUCCCUUCCCCCCACUAAUUGUCCCAUCCCGCCCCCCACUUACUACCCUCCCUACCUCAUCUCUCUCCCGCUAUUCUCCUCCCUCCCUGCAUCUUCUCUCCUACCUGGUUUCACUGGUGGUUCCCUCCCGUCCCGUCAUGGGGCGUUUUGAAACUCACUUCCUCAUCCUCAUGCUCUGUGCGGCGAUGUUCACUGCCGCGUCUGCAUCGCUCCUCGAAUCAUUCCUCCCACGCGAUAAUGGCGGCAUCAUUCCUCUCGCUUCAACCGCUCAUGCAGUCACGCCCCAGCAACUUCAGAAGAAAUAUUUCGGUGCGGCGGCGCUGUUCACUGCCACGACUGCAUCGCUCCUCGGAUCAUUCCCCCCACGCGAUGAUGGCGGCAGCGUUCCUCUCGCUUCAUUCCCGACGAAGUAUGUGGCCAAGCUCCGUCCAACUAAGUUAGGCAAAUCGAUCGUGGGUGACAAAGGCGCACGGGGGAAGUUUAUUAUAAAGGGUUACAGGUCUGGUGCAGAUUCCUACGUCAAAAUUUUGGGUGCAAAUUCAACUGAGUUCCUGCCUUGCGAGUGGUAUUGUCUCUAUCGGCCUCCCUAA